AUGCCGGAGCAGAGUUCUAAGAGCAGUGCUAGUUCCAUGAAAGGCUAUAAGAAAGCCGUGACUAAAACUCAGAAAAAGGAGGAGAAAAAGCGCAAGAGAUAUCGCAAAGAGAGCUAUUCAGUUUAUAUCUAUAAAGUACUGAAACAAGUUCAUCCGGAUACUGGUAUUUCUUCGAAGGCUAUGAGUAUUAUGAAUUCACUUGUUACUGAUAUGUUUGAGCGCAUUGCAGCGGAGGCGUCCCGCCUGGUGCGUUACAACAAGUGUUCGACCGUCACAUCCAGGGAGAUCCAGACAGCGGUGCGCUUGCUGCUUCCUGGGGAGUUGGCCAAACACGCAGUGUCCGAGGGCACCAAGGCUGUCAGUAAAUACAGUAGUUCCAAGUAA